CACAUGUUCUACAUGCCUUGGAAAUUCUUGUGGGAUACUCAAAAUGUUGUCCUAUCCGGCGUGACCAAUAUACUCUGUGCAAAUUGAUUUAGAUAUAUGUCUUUUAUUAAGCAGAGCAACUGCUGAGAACACAAACCAUGGCACCUGUAGUUGUGAAUCAGACUAGAUGAAUGUCAUCAGUUCGACUGACAUAUGAGAGUCAUCUUUCUUUCUUUUUUGCUGACAGUGUUUCCCGACAUCACCCUUCCCCUGAUCUUCUUCAUGUCUUUGGUUGAGCUCUUUGGCUUCACUACGGCCCGUCCCACUUCGACCGCACAAGGAAGAGAAGGUCUGAAAAAACUGCAGCAUGAUAUGCGCCAGCUGUCGAAAUUGUUAACUCAUGGAGUCGAUGUGUCAGAGAUGAUGCAAGACUUUGAACGUGACCUCACCUCACUGCCCACGCUGAGCUACAGCGCAAAAGACCUGAAAUCACUCGAGGUGAGCAGCACUUUAUCCGAGCUGUACUCUGGUCUUAAAUCCUUUCUGUUUCAUCUCGACUGGCUGCAACAUAAACAGGAACAAUUAGAGACUGAGUUUUCUAAGACGAAAAAGAUUGCUCAUCAUAUGAAGAGCAUCAGCCUCAAGGUGCUCAGAGAGAUUGGAACCGCACCUUCUGAGCCUAUCUACCCUACCCUGCCUCCUCUCAAUUCAUACUGGAAUAUGUACCAGGCCACUAUGGAAAUCUAUAAGAAACUUUAUUUAUUUUGUGACUGGUACUCUAGAGCUCUCGGAGUUCUGAAGCAUAGACGAUAAUGGCUCCUUUCACAUCACUGGUAGCCGUCCUCUCAUCCCCAUGGUGUCAGUAAAGGAAAGAUGCAGUAAACAGGCACAGUGGCCUUAAAGUUCCCAGGCGUGGAAUCUGUGUGCUCUGAACCAUUCCAUUUCAAUUUUUCCUAGACGCUCAUCUCCUCAUAACUGCUCUCUUUCUUAUUUCAUUUGUAAGUUAUGUAUUUAAUAUUUAAGGUUAUUUAUUGAAGUUUUUUGUUUACAUUAUGUUUUUGUGUAUAAAGCGGAUGAGCAUUGGGUUGUUAGUAAAAUCAACUGCAGGCAGUUGUUACGAAUGGCCACUAGAUGUCGAUAAAAACCCGUAAUUGCGGUACGACGACGAAGAAGGCCUAUGUUUGCAGUAAUUUAUUUCCAUUUAAUCCCACAAAGUGACUAAAUAAUAAAACUGGGCAUGUUUUUAACUUUGUUCAGACGACAUUGAAAAUACAUUUUGACCAAAAUUCCUCAUGACAAAAAACUGAGAGAACUUACAUACAUACACCAGGGGCCUGAUGUAUAAAACAUUGCAUAAAUGUCAUACAUUAAGUGUACGUACGCACGGUCAACAGUGGGCGUGCAUACAUUUGGGUUUAUUUUCUAAAAAUCCCUAUUUGUGCAUGGAAAA